GAACUUUGAACUCGGGGACUGAAAAAAAAUCUCCAAUACUUGGGAGUCAAGACAAAAAUGGACCUGUCCCCUUAGCAUGGAAGCUUUUAAGCUGGCAAUCCGCCAACGACGGCAUAGACAGGCUCAAUGGUUGGGGUGUCAACGUUUCCCUCUUCACCCCAGUUCCCAAACUGGCCUUGUGUAUCUGACGCAGCUGGAUGCAAACAGGGCUGCUAAGAUACAAACUUGAGGCUAAGCCAUCAUUUGACUGAAAAAAAAAACCAACGCUUUGCCUAGCUGGGAGAUUAAAUCCUUGUGGUUUAUUGACUUAUUCCUUGGCCCGGUGUUUUGUUUUUGAUGGCUUGAAAUGGUGCGAUCCCUGUUUGCAAAGGUUCAGGUAAAAAAACAAAAAAUCAGCUUUAGUCCAGCAGCCUAUUUAGGAAGGUGGGACAGCCAGGUGAGUCUUCCUGUCCUAGCUUGGAUGAUUUGACCGUUUCCAGGCUCAGCUAAUUUGGGAGAUUUAAGGAAACCUCAGGCGUCCAGUGCCCGUUCUUCCCGCGUUGCUGCCAACAAAACCACACAGGGUUACCCGCAAAUUCCUACAAAAGCCGCCUGCAUUUUCGCCACCCGAAUUAACGGUAGAUCCCCGGCCUCUUUGCAGAAGGCGGCGAAAUUUUGGGGCAGCAUGAUUCUCCUGGGCUCCAGGUUAUUUUAAACCAGCUUUGGAUUCGGGAACAAUCGUUUUAAGACGCAGACUAGGUUACGUGGAGCAGAGGCCCCAGAAAUUCUGCCGAGGUGAUGGCUGUCGGGGCUCCGAAGGGCCUAAGAGGGACAUGGAAAUGUUUGCAAAAGAGUCAGUUUUGGCUACUUCCGCAAAGGGACAGACGGAAGAAACCCCAGCCGAAGCGCAGUAGAAAAAUUUCCGUAGCCGUCGGUUACACCCAAGGAAGACCAUGGCGUUUGGGCACUUUUUUCUGCUUUUCUGCUGUCGUUGCCAGCACACCUGUUUUCUGUUUGGCAAGAGAUUACAUCCUGGGGGGGGGACUCCAUGCAGAAGCAGAGGGCAUCUCUUCCCCCGCGGUACCCCCAGGUGCCCGUCUGUAAACAGGACACGCUGAGGAUAGUCAGCUCCAGCUCCUUCCAAGCCAUGCGGUUUGCGGUGGAGGAGAACAGCAACUCCACCAGCCUUUUGCCCAGGAUCCUGCUGGGCUAUGAAACGAUGGACAUCUGCUACCUCACCCACCCCGUCCACCCCAUCCUGUGUUUCCUCGAGGACAACUGCUCAACGAUCCAAAUCCAGAGGAAUUGCACUUUGUCCUAUCCGGGAGCGCUCUCCGUCAUCGGUCCAGAUUCCUCCCCGGCAGCCAUCAGGGUGGCUUCUAUUCUGAGUCACGUUCUUAUCCCGCAGUGUCUUCUCCUACGUGGGGUCUCCACCGAGCUGAGGUGUCUCUUCUGCCUGGCCGGCUUCAGCGUUUGCUUCAUCGUCUGUUCCUUCCAAGAUGGUGGCCUGGCUGUCCACCGCCUUCACCGCCUGGUCCAUGUCCAGGGGGCAGUGGGUCUUCAUCGCCACCAUCUCCGCCCUCAAGCUGGCCAUUGUGACAGCCUCCAAAGCCCGUCUAGGCUGUCCUCAGCCCGGCUGAGCUUUUCCUGACGUGACGUACCAACUACGUUUCCGUGGUUGUAGUCAGCCACGUCUUCAACGUGGUCCUCUCCUCCCUGUGCUUCUGCUUGGCCUACGCAGGGAAGGCGUUGCCGAAGAGCUACAAUGAAGCCAAGUUCAACACCCUCGUCAUGGUGGGCUACUCCAGCUUCUGGGUGCUGCUGGCCCUGGUCACCACCGUCUCGGAAGGACGAUGGUCGCCAUCACUGAGAUGUUCUUUGUGGUCUUCAACCUGCUCAGCCUCUCCUUGGGCUACUUCGGGCCCAAGGGUCGCGUCAUCUAUGUCCUCCCGGAACGUAAUACGGUGGCCUUCUUCCAGGCAGCCAUUCAGGGCUACAGCAUGGACCAGGGCUAGAGGUAUCCUCAGCCCCAUUAUUCCUUUGCCCCAGCACUCCAGCUGGAAAUAUUUGUCUGAAACGGUAUAGGUUCUCCUGCCUGGGCAGGGGGUUGGACUAGAAGACCUCCAAGGUCCCUUCCAACUCUACUCUACUCCACU